UUUCAUACCGUUGUAUUAGACUAGGCUAAUUCGUUGUAUUACACUAAAACAGGGUUAAUACAACGGUUUAUACUAACCGUUGUAUUAGAUAUACUAAUCCGUUGUAUUAGAUGAGCUAAUACAACGGAUUAUUCUUCUAACACAACGGAUAGUGUUCCCAAUUUUAUUUUAUUUUUCUAUUUUUCAGUUGGAGCUAAUCCAACGGAUCAGUUGAGCUAAGGGAUCAGCCCCAAAAAAUAAAAAAAGAAAAAAAAUUAAGACCUAAUACAACGAAUGAGUAAGAAAAAAAAGAAAAAAAAACCGGGAAAUGAAAUGCCGAAAUAUUAGAGCCAAAAAUGAAAUUGAAACCCCAUUUCCCAAACUUUUCUGCUCAGUCUUCCUUCCUUCUCCUCCCUCAGCUCGCCGCUGCUCCUUCCUUUGUUCUCCUCCCUCGCCGCCGCUGCGUCGUCUCCUACCUCGCCGUUUCGUUCUGCUGUGUUCGAAUCUCUAUCUAAGCCGUUUCAGAUUCUGAGGUGGUGGUGCUGCUAGUGCUUGGGGGAUCCUUUGGGGCUAAUUCUAUGAACAUUGCUCUAUUUAAUAUAUACUUUCAAAUGUUGAAGCAGCGGCCAAAUUUGCAUAUUUCUGGGAGACUGGUGUGGAGUCAUUUGAUGAGAUGGAGAGUCUUGUUCGAAACCAUCCCCGAUUAGUUUUAGCACCGUGAGUUUUUGCUUCUAAUUUCAUCUUUAAUUUCACUUUUAUGUUGUGCCAUUAUUGUUUUGGGAGGUUAUUGUGUUUAAGAUUUGGUUGGAUUUAAUUUAUUUUCACUGUUAUUAGGAAUGAGAAUUUCACUUAGUUGUUACUUUCAAAUGUUUUCAGUCCAUUACUAUGGUUAAACAUGGAAAAUAUUUAUGCUAUUUAACUUGUUUUGUUAUAAUUUUUACCAGAAGUCAAGUUUUAACAAACAAUUGAAUGUUUUGGCAUUAUCAUUAGUUUCAUUCAAUGUAAUUGAAUCUGCUAAAGGCUUCAUUAUUAGGCAUGUGACUCUGCAAGUAGUUUAAGCUAGCUUUGAUUUCUUUAGUAGCAGACCAUGUGCCUUGUGCUCAAUUCUAUGUUUCAGCAAGUAAUAAUUAGGCGUUUACUAUUGCUUCCCUUAUUUUGAUAUUCCUAGCAUGUUUAUUUACACGAAGUCAAUAUAAAUCCAUGGGCAGAUUCAUGAUCCCUAGUCAAGCAGCAUUACCUUUUCACAUGCAACUUCAAGGAGAAUCUCUUGUCUAGUGUCUAAUACAAUAGGUUACAUUUUCCAAUUUUUGUUCUACUAAUACAAUGUAGAGCUUUCUGUCAUUAGAUGCUUAAAGAAAUGUGUUUCGUGCAAUAGGUUCUUUAAUUUUAAGAAGAAAAUAUGAUCAGAUUUUAUUUCUAGUGAGAAUGUGAUAUCCUAUACUUAACCAUGCAGAACCUCUGCUUGCAUCUUAAGGACUUAUGUACUCACUGUGCAGCAAGAUUAUUGACAUAUUCCGUGUUCAAUCAGCUAAUUUUACUUAUAUUUUCUGCAUUUUGAUCCUUUUUUUUAUUUAUCGUUUGACUUUUGCAUUUCAUUGUUGCUUGUUUAUUGAUCGAAUUGGAUUGUUGUUUAUUUCUAUCAAUCGUUUUUUUUUUAUUUAAUGCUGUAUUUUUUUGGACAUGUAUUUUGGCCUUCUACUUAUGAAAUCUGACACAUCAAUUUCUUGGUUACAAACUUCUUAGCCCCUGCACAUAUUCUUGGAAACCAACCACUGUCUACGUUCCGGUUCAUAACCUUCUUAGCCUCUUCACACGUAUCCUCGAAUCGAAUCUCAUACAUUCCCACCACCAGUGAUACCAAUGACUUCUGCCUAAGCAAAAGAUAUGUCAUGUAAUCUGAAACUUGCUUACAGAAAUUAGGAUAGUUUGUACCUCGAACACUGUCAUCAGCAGUCUAGUAGCAUAUAUCAGUGGCAAGAUGCCAAAUCAGUACACUCUCAUCAUAUUCAACAUCCAAAAUCCAAGGAUUUAAGUACUUUGAUAUAAGAAAAGAGCGUUCUGUUCUCCUGGCUCAAUGUCAGCGUACCUCGAGUUUCGGACACGAUAAAAAGAUGAAGCGUUGAUGAUGAGCAGUGAGGUGCCUGAAAAAGGGCAAAAUUAUGAUGAUGAGCAGCUGAAUGAGACCGCUAAUGCUCUUCAGGAAGAUUGUGAGGGCAAUGAAACAGCGGACCGAGCAGUUGUAGCACAGUUUGGAAUGGAAGUGUUGCUUGUUGCAGUGUUGGAAGUGGAGCAACUGGGAAGGUUUAUAAAGCAGAGAUUCCAAAAUGGUCAAGUGUUAGCGGUUAAAAAGCUCAAUGCCAGCACCUUAGGGAAAGCAGCAGUAGCAGCAAGGAGUUUCGUGAAUGAGGUCACUGCCCUGAUAGAGAUUCGGCAUAGGAACAUUGUGAGGUUUUAUGGGUUUUGUCUGCACGAGAGCAUAACAUCUUGGUGUACAAGUUUAUCGAAAGAGGAAGCUUGGCUGAUGUUUUAGGCAGUGUCGAUGGAGCAAAGGAGCUAGACUGGGACAAGCGGGUCAGAAUCUGCCUGCUGCUGCUGUGUGCUGCGUUGUGUGUUGUUGUGUCGUGUUGUUGUGUUGUUGUGCAUUGUGUGUUGUUGUGUGUUCGUGUUGUUGUGCGUUAUUUAAUUUCCCCAAUUGGUGUUGUUAUUGUUGUUGUUACGUUGUUGGUGUUGUGGCUUAUGCAUUACUUGUUUAGCUUUUGUUUGGCUUACAUGCAUUAUAUUAUUUGUUACUUAUCCCUAAUGUUGAAUUAUAUACAUUACUUGUCCUAAUAUAUUAUUAUUAUUAUUUUUACAUGGGGUGCUUGAUGACGAUGAGCUACUCCGGGAUGAAUGACGUACGGACUAAUGUUGAUUUUAUGUAUCUAUUGCAAGUACUAAUUUUAUUUCAAACGAUUGUUAAUUAAUUAGUGAACUUUCAUUUAUUAUUAGUUAGUAUCGGCACCUCGUUUGUUUUGUAAUG